GUAGUGGGGGAGUGCGAAUCCCCCGCAAAGUAUGACAACGAAUCUAAAGAAUGGAAGAUGCGAUUGUGUUAGCUGAAGAAUACGCUCACAACCUUGACCUCAAAAGGCUCUCUCGUAACCAUGUCGACAGCUCAAGUGGACGCUCUCAUCGUAGGAGCUGGCUUUAGCGGCUUGACGUGCGCUUUAAAUCUAGCAAGAGCAGGUAAGCGGGUCAUUUGUAUUGAAGCCCGACCUAGACUUGGUGGAAGAGCAUUUACGCAUACGUUCAAUGAAUCGACGGGCUUGACAAACACCGAAAGAACGGUGAAAGAAGGAGAAUCAGGAAGGACAUACUCGGUCGAUUUUGGUUGCAGUUACAUUCAUGGCUACAAUGAAGGCAAUCCGGUAAAAGAUCUUGUGAAAAAGUACAACAUUCGUGCUCAUAUUCCCAAACCUACUCCUGUGCAAAUCAUCGGUCCGGACGGUAAUGUGCUCAGCUCGGAUCUAAGUGAAAAGAUUCAAGCCAACCUCGCAGCAGCCCAGAAACAUGCAAAAGAGAAAGGCAAGGCUUUACGUGAUGCAACAAACCAAUCUUCCAACUUGGCAGAUCAUAAUCAACUCGGACAAAAGACUUUGAGCAGCGUUUUGUUGGAAGAUUCAAAGUCUCCUCUCUAUGGAGAUCUCAAAGAUGAACAUGAACGUGCACUGGCAACGGGGCUGGCACGUUCUAUGCAUAUUCCUCUUGGUACGGAAAUUGAGAAUAUCUCCUUGGAAUACUUUGAUAGUCAACAAGCUUUUGCCGGUACAGAUGCGAUGCCAGAAGGUGGUUUCUCGAAAUUGAUUCAAUGCUUAGCAGACGAUUUCACAAACUUAGGUGGGAAGAUUCACACGAAUGAAGAAGUCAAAAAGAUCACUCGAUCCGGAUCAGCUUCUCCCUCUGUUCAAAUUGUCACCCGCCUUGCCGCUCAAGAUGGUCGGGAAGAGACCUACAAUGCCAGAACUGCGAUUGUCACACUCCCUUUAGCCGUUCUCAAGUCAAAGCAAAAGGCCUUGUUUGAGCCAGCUCUUGAGCAAGAACGUCAAGAAGUCAUCAAUCGGGUCAAUGUGGGAAAUCUUAACAAAGUUUUACUACAUUACACGCAACCAUGGUGGCCAAAAGAUGUAGGAACAUUCUUUAUCUUACCGUCUAAAGAGGCAGAUAAUUCCAGUACAAAUCUAGCUGACAUUGUUCGAUCGACAACAUUGAUCGUAUCCUCUUUAUGCGCCCCAAACGGAUAUCCAGCUGACAUGACUUCCUCUUCAUUGCUAAUCAUGAUCGGUGGUGCUCAAGGCAAAAAGUUGGAACAAUUUGAUCGUUUGGACGUUGCAAAUGCGCUACAUGACCUUUUAUACGAAAGAAUGAUCGCAAAAGAACAUCAAUCCAACAAAGAAAAAGAUUCUUUACGACAUGCGUUUUAUUCACGUUGGCAUCGUCAACCGUUCACCGGAGGCGCAACUACCACUCCAAUCGUUUGUGGUAGCUCACCAAACGAUCUUUUCACAAUCGCUCGACCUGCUUGGGAUGGAUCUCUGUACUUCUCCGGAGAGCAUUGUGAGGUGAACAAUAGAGGUAGCAUCGCUGGAGCUGUGGUCUCCGCUCAAAAGACUUCUGAGAACGUCUUGCAAUUCUUGAACUCACCUAAACUAUAAAUGAUAUGUACAUAGCGAAUGUCACUCAUCCUUAUCAGCUUUGCAAAUGUGAAAAAAAAUAUAUCAUAAUGAGGGAAAGAAUCAAC